ACCCUCGAGGCGUACUACAGUCGCUUAGCUUCGAGCGCUCAUGGCUGAAGCUACCUUGCGGAAGUGCGGCUGAAGUGCGGCAGGAUGGCGCUGAACAUGGCCGCCCUCGGCGGAGCAGGGGCCGGCGGCGCCAGCGCAACUCAGAUGCCUAUCGAUGCAAGCAAGUUCCCUUUGCCUCUCCCAGAUUGGCUGGCCGGAAACCCGCUCUUCACGGCGGGCUUCGGGUUGGGCGUCAUGGGCGCAGCCAUGAGCGUCCUCACCCGCUCCGCCGCGCUGGCGGAGGUGGCCUUCCGGCGCCAGAUGCUGAUGUCUUUGGAAAUCCCGUCCAAAGACUAUGCCUACCAAUGGGUGAUGCAGUGGAUGGUGGCCAACCGCAUCCACGGAUCCCGCCACUUGGGCGUGGAAACCACCUACAGCAAGGAUGCUGCCGGACGACAGACGGCUGCAUUUGACUUCAUUCCCAGCACUGGCCGGCACUGGGUGAGGUGGCGUGGCAACUUCAUUUUGGUGGAACGGGCCCGCGAGACCAAAACGGUCGACAUGUCCACGGGCGCGCCGUGGGAAACACUCACUCUGACAGCGCUGUCGCUGCGCCCGCACGUCUUUCAAGACAUCCUGGCGGAGGCGAAGCAGGCAGCUUUGGCAAGGGAGGAGGGCAUGACUAUCAUCUACCAGUGCUACGGCCACGAGUGGCGGCCCUUUGGAACACCGAAGAGGAUAAGGCCGUUUGAUUCCGUCGUCCUGGACUCUGGUGUGUCAGAGCAGGUCUUUGACGACAUCCAGGACUUCCUGCGCAGCCACCAAUGGUACUUGGAGAGAGGCAUCCCGUAUCGGAGAGGCUACCUUCUGCAUGGCCCUCCUGGAUGCGGAAAGACUUCCUUCGUGUCAGCGCUGGCCGGCCGGCUGGGCUACAACAUUUGCGUGCUCAACCUGGGCGACCCCAGCAUGACGGACGACAGGCUGGCACAUAUGCUCGCAGUCGUUCCUCCGCGAUGCAUUGUGCUUUUGGAGGACGUGGAUUUCGCGGUGUCUCAGCAGACUCCAGCUGAUCCAUCCGGUCCCUAUGCAGGGGUGACGCGCGCCAGCUUUAGCGGCUUGUUGAACGCGCUGGACGGAGUCAUCAGCACAGAGGAGAGGGUGGUCUGUAUGACGACCAACCACUACCACGCACUGCCACGGGCGCUGGUGCGGCCGGGCCGAGUGGACCUGACGGUGUAUGUAGGCCUUGCCUCCAAGUCUCAGUUGAAGCAGAUGUAUUUGCGCUUCUUCCCUGGAGAAGAGGAUCUCUCGGAAACUUUCGCCGCAGUGUGCGAGGAUGAGGGCCUCAGCAUGGCAGAGCUGCAAGGCUACUUCAUGUUCUUCAAGAACAAGCCCCAGGAGGCGGUGGCCAACAUCCAAGCUUGGCUGGACGAGAGGCGUAAAGUUCACCAGGAGAGCAAUUGAAGCAGAUGCAACAGGCAAGCCAGCCUCCGCAGGCAAGCCAGCCUCCGCAGGCAAGCCAGCCGCCGCCAUCGGAGUGACAAAAGGUCAGAGCGA